UUUAUUAGAUCAGUCUCUGUUGGUGAGAGAGAAAAGUUUUUGAGCCACACAGAGCAAUGCUUCAGGUCUAUAUAACCUGUCACCUCUCCUUGCAGUCCCUCAGUAUUUCCUGCCAUUUCUGAUCGUAGCUUCCCACCAUAAUUUAAAUAAAUCAGCAACCUUUUCUGAGCCCCCUUUCUCCCAGUAGGACAGUGGGUCUUGCCUCCGGCUCCUAUUAAAUCAGAGCCAAGCCCAGUUGCAAUUUUGCUGGCGUGGUGGGUCCUACUUUCCCCUGUCCUCUGGAGGCUGCAGGAAGCAUUUCCGCCAGAGGGUGGCGCAGCAGAGCUUCUCCCCAAACCUGGAGGUAGGUGCAGGAGGAAGCAGCCGCCGCCGUCGCUUUGAAAGCCUUGAACAAUAGCACAAUGCUCCGGCUGGGGAGAGCUGCCGCUGGGUGCAGGGCGCUCGCCGCGCCGCACCCCCGAGGGGCCGGCGGCCACAGCAAGAGAUCCUCGUCUGGGGGGAAGGAGAUCCUGGUCAAUGUGCACGGCGGGGGAAGCAGCGGAAUUGCUGAAAUCCUGAUGAACAGAGCCCAUGCCAGAAAUUCACUGGGAAGAGUACUUGUUAAUGAACUAUUCAGAGUUCUAGAAAGUCUCCGUUGUGAUGAAAGGAUCCGCGUGGUAGUGUUUAAAAGUGAAGUAAAAGGCGUGUUUUGUGCAGGUGCUGACUUAAAGGAGCGUGCACAAAUGAAUGAUACAGAGGUUGGACACUUUGUUCACAGGCUGAGAAGUUUAAUGGAUGAAAUUGCUGCACUGCCUAUGCCCACAAUAGCUGCAAUAGAAGGCUAUGCAUUGGGUGGGGGAUUGGAAUUGGCAUUGGCAUGUGAUCUUCGAAUAGCAGCUUCAUCAGCUAAAAUGGGCCUGAUUGAGACCACCAGAGGACUUCUUCCAGGUGCAGGUGGAACCCAACGCCUGCCCCGCUGUAUUGGAAUAGGGCUUGCUAAGGAACUCAUUUUCACUGGCAGACAGAUUGAUGGACAACAAGCACUCUCAAUAGGAUUAGUAAACCACACAGUGCCACAGAAUGAUGAAGGGGAUGCUGCUUACCAGAGAGCAUUAACCUUAGCUAAAGAAAUUCUUCCUCAGGCUCCCAUCGCUGUGAAAAUGGGUAAACUGGCAAUAAACAGAGGGAUAGAGGUGGAUAUUGCAUCGGGGAUGGCUAUUGAGGGAAUGUGUUAUGCACAGAAUAUUCCUACAAGAGACCGCCAGGAAGGAAUGGCUGCCUUCAGAGAGAAACGUCCACCCCAGUUUAUUGGGGAAUAGCCUUCCAAGGAUUUUCCUUAUUCCAGGGCAUGAUUCUUUAGGAAGUAAAAUGGAGGUGCACAACCUUAAACGUAUUGGAAAUUAUUAAAUAUUCUACAAGCUUAAUUCUUUGCCCUGGACACUGCUACAUUCCUGGACACUCCAUAGAAGACAGUUUUACAAGGAUAAUUAAGGUAUUGAACAGCUUCAUUAACAGAAAUACAAGACUUUUUAGAUAGUAAGGCUAUGAAUGAUUAAAAUCAUAUGGGAGACUGAGACUGUACACUAAACUGUCAGGAGAGACAAAGCCUUUUGCUACUGGCCCAAAUCCAGACCAGGUUCACAGUAAUGAAAGACCAGUACCGUGGUCCAGCUGAAAGAAUUUCUCAGUUCAUUUUAAGUAGGCACUAUACCUGCUUGUAACUACAACAGAUAGGCCAAAUGGGUAAAUAAGUUUAAUGCCCAAACUAGCCUCUUAUACCUAGUACAUGUGGGUGUUCAGGCCUGAAAGGGAAAGCAUAGAUCGCUGUUGGUCAUGGGAUCGGGCCUAAAUUACUUACAGAACUCACUACCAGUCUUUUUAAUGCAAAGUUACUUUGUUUCCUCUUUGUAUUGUAUGUAAACCACAAAUAAACUGUGCCUUAAUUCUU